AUGGCGUAUAUGCGAUAUACUCAUGAGUAUAGGAAUACCAGUUCCUACUUGGAGCUCAUAAUCACCAAUGAGAAGAAGGGGGUCCAGAACAGGCGAAUUCAUAUGGCGACUGCAAAACGUUUCCAAGCGCGCCCGGCCAGAUUACCUCUUGCACAUCGAUAUCGUAUGGCUGAUUUGUACUACAACGGGAUUACACCGGGAGCUUGCUGGGGCGCACCGUUAGCCGUCGGAUUUUUCAAUCGAAGUAAAAAGUACACCAAUGCAUCACAGCUAUAUUUUCAGAUAUUUCAUGCCUACGUUUAUCCGUUCUUAAAUCACAUGAUAGCGCCUAAAUGCAGUAUAAGAUCGAAGAUCAUAUAUUCAAGGGAUUUAACGCAAACAGGGUCACCCUCAACCACCAAUCAGAGAGAAAUCCUGCCACCGGUGCCUGAGUCUCCCGAGACUAGCUAUAAUUCUAGGGAUCUUCAGAGAAUACCUCUGCUUGAUAUAGUUGCCCCAUGUAUAUUCUUAAUUGGGCGACAUUCCGUUGUGCAUUAUAGGGUAGCGCAUUCUGCCGUCCAGUACAUUAUUCUACCUAUGGACCAUCGAAAUUUGAAUAUUGGCCGCCGGCCUCUUAAGGCUGAAUAA